AAGGAAUAGGAGAAUUUCUAUUUUGUAGACUAUUUUUGGAGAACAUCAUUAGCUGAACAUCUCAGGUUACUAAAUUUGGCAAAUAACCUAUUCAUAUGUUACAUUCAAAGAUUUAAAAACAGAGUAGUAGUAUUUUUCAAAUUAUGUUCAAGAAGAAAACUUUAUCUGUUGCCUUGGUGGUGCUUGGAACAAGGCUGUUAAAAAUCUAGGUGUUUUUACCUUCCAACGGAUCGAAUGAGUCGAGUGUGUAUUGUUGUUCUGGAGGAGGUAGAGGAUGAUUCCCCCACAUAUAUUUCCAAGCUGCCUCAGGAAAACAUACCUCUACUUCCCUCACCUUCACGAAAUGUCUUGCCACCACUUGUUCAAGCUAUAUUUAAUGGGGACCCUGAUGAAGUUCGUGCACUAAUUUUUAAAAAAGAAGAUGUCAACUUUCAGGAUAAUGAAAAGAGGACUCCUUUACAUGCUGCUGCUUAUCUGGGAGAUGCAGAAAUUAUUGAGCUACUUAUUUUAUCUGGAGCUAGAGUUAAUGCCAAAGACAGCAAAUGGUUAACUCCUUUACACAGAGCUGUUGCAUCAUGUAGUGAGGAUGCUGUUCAGGUGCUGUUGAAGCAUUCAGCAGAUGUCAAUGCCCGUGACAAAAACUGGCAAACACCACUACACAUAGCAGCUGCAAAUAAAGCUGUGAAGUGUGCAGAAGCCUUGGUGCCACUUCUCAGUAACGUAAAUGUGUCUGACCGUGCUGGUAGAACGGCAUUACAUCAUGCAGCCUUCAGCGGACAUGUUGAGAUGGUCAGUUUAUUGUUGUCUAGAGGUGCCAAUAUUAAUGCCUUUGACAAGAAAGACAGACGAGCUAUUCACUGGGCAGCCUAUAUGGGUCAUAUUGAUGUAGUAAAACUGCUUGUAGCCCAUGGAGCUGAGGUAACCUGUAAAGACAAGAAAUCCUAUACACCGCUACACGCUGCAGCUUCCAGUGGAAUGAUCAGUGUAGUCAAGUAUCUUCUGGAUCUUGGAGUUGAUAUGAACGAACCAAAUGCAUAUGGAAAUACACCUCUUCAUGUUGCUUGUUUCAAUGGACAAGAUGUUGUUGUAAACGAACUGAUAGACUGUGGUGCUAAUGUAAAUCAAAUGAACGAGAAGGGAUUUACACCUUUACAUUUUGCGGCUGCAUCAACCCAUGGAGCAUUGUGUUUAGAACUUCUGGUCUGUAAUGGUGCAGAUGUGAAUAUGAAGAGUAAAGAUGGAAAAACACCAUUGCAUAUGACAGCAAUCCAUGGAAGAUUUUCAAGAUCACAAACCAUCAUCCAGAAUGGAGCUGAAAUAGACUGUGAAGAUAAGAAUGGAAAUACACCUUUGCACAUAGCAGCUCGAUAUGGCCAUGAACUGCUAAUCAACACAUUAAUUACAAGUAGUGCUGACACUGCAAAGCGGGGUAUACAUGGAAUGUUUCCUCUCCAUUUGGCAGCAUUAAGUGGAUUUUCAGACUGUUGCAGAAAACUGCUUUCAUCAGGCUUUGAUGUAGAUACUCCGGAUGAUUUUGGCAGAACGUGUCUUCAUGCAGCUGCAGCUGGAGGAAAUUUGGAGUGCCUAAAUCUGCUGCUCAACACAGGUGCAGACUUCAAUAAGAAAGACAAAUUUGGAAGGACUCCGCUCCAUUAUGCUGCUGCCAAUUGUAAUUACCAGUGCCUGUUUGCCCUUGUGGGUUCUGGAGCUAGUGUAAACGACCUUGAUGAAAGGGGCUGUACACCACUGCACUAUGCAGCUGCAUCUGAUACUGAUGGGAAGUGCCUGGAAUACUUAUUAAGAAAUGAUGCAAAUCCAGGUAUUCGAGACAAACAAGGAUACAAUGCUGUUCAUUAUUCUGCUGCUUAUGGUCAUCGCUUAUGCCUUGAAUUGAUUGCCAGUGAAACGCCUCUAGAUGUUCUAAUGGAAACUUCAGGAACUGACAUGCUGAAUGAUUCAGACAGCAGGGCACCAAUUAGUCCAUUGCACUUAGCUGCCUACCAUGGACACCAUCAUGCUUUGGAAGUGUUAGUGCGGUCUCUGUUGGAUCUUGAUGUCCGGAACAACAAUGGAAGAACGCCUUUGGACCUUGCUGCUUUUAAGGGACAUGUUGAAUGUGUGGAUGUACUCAUUAAUCAGGGAGCAUCUAUCUUGGUGAAAGACUAUGUUUUAAAGAGAACACCAAUACAUGCUGCAGCAACAAAUGGUCAUUCAGAAUGCUUGCGGUUAUUGAUAGGAAAUGCAGAGCCACAGAAUGCCGUGGACAUUCAAGAUGGAAACGGACAGACUCCUUUGAUGUUGUCUGUUCUCAACGGGCAUACAGAUUGUGUCUAUUUACUGCUUAACAAAGGAGCAAAUGUAGAUGCCAAAGAUAAAUGGGGAAGAACAGCACUACACAGAGGGGCAGUUACUGGGCAUGAGGAGUGUGUAGAAGCACUGCUUCAGCACCGUGCUAAGUCCACACUACAAGACUGCAGAGGACGGACGCCUAUACAUUUGUCAGCUGCGUGUGGACAUAUUGGGGUACUAGGAGCACUCCUACAGCCAAUGGCAUCUGGGGAGGCAGUACCUGCCGUAGCAGACAGUCAUGGAUACACUUCAUUGCACUGGGCCUGUUACAAUGGUCAUGACAGUUGUGUGGAACUUCUUCUGGAGCAGGAAGGUUUCCAGAAACUGGAAGGAAAUUCCUUCAGCCCAUUGCAUUGCGCAGUGAUCAAUGAUAAUGAAGGUGCUGCUGAAAUGUUAAUUGAUACACUAGGGUCUGGCAUUGUAAAUUCCACAGAUGCAAAAGGAAGAACUCCCCUUCAUGCUGCUGCCUUUACAGACCACGUAGAGUGCUUACAGCUUUUGCUCAGCCAUAAUGCACAAGUGAACUCUGUAGAUUCUUCUGGGAAGACCCCUCUAAUGAUGGCUUCAGAAAAUGGGCAAACAAAUACAGUCGAGGUGUUGGUAAGCAGUGCUAAAGCUGAUCUGACCUUGCAAGAUAAGUGUAAAAAUACAGCACUGCAUUUGGCUUGCAGCAAGGGUCAUGAAACUAGUGCCUUGUUAAUAUUGGAGAAGAUCACAGAUAGAAAUCUCAUCAAUGCUACCAAUGCAGCCUUGCAAACGCCAUUGCAUGUUGCUGCUCGAAAUGGAUUAACAGUUGUAGUCCAGGAACUUCUAGGGAAAGGAGCAAGUGUUCUUGCAGUAGAUGAAAAUGGUUAUACACCAGCUUUGGCCUGUGCUCCUAACAAGGAUGUGGCUGAUUGCCUAGCUCUCAUUUUGGCCACGAUGAUGCCUGUUUCGUCGAGCAGUACCCUACCUUCCUUUACAUUCAAUGCCAUUAAUCAUUACACCAAUGCCUCAAAAACUGUCACCUUUGACUCCUUGCCAAUUAUCAGGAGUGAACAUAGCUCUUACUGUAGUUUCAACAACAUUGGCAGGGAAGAUGGCUACACGUAUACGGAAGAAGACGAACUUAAUGACUCUGAUUCUGAAACCUAUUAAGAGGCUCCGUUGGAGGUCUAACGAGUGAACUCAUUUGGUGAAUUUCAAGAUUCUGGUGUUGGAGGAAGCAGUCUGAAUAUAAAAAAGGACAGCCCAAAGAAGAUUUUUAAAAAUGUGAGUGCAUAUGGAAGAUUUGUGCUGCUCCUGGAAAUUUUUUAAAAGCAGGUUAUGCAAAGGAAACAAAUUCUUGAAAAUGCUUGGAAUCCAUGGUGCAUAAGAUCACAUAGAAUGUUGUUUAAUUGCAGUGUGCUGGGUUGUCGCUGGUGCAAGGAAUAAUCCCAACAAGGCUGUGCACCGUUGUUUAUAUAUGUGAA